AUGUGCGCAUACACACUUUACAGAUUGAGGUUUACGAUAAGGAGAGAGGUGAAGGUGGGUGGUGUGGGAGGAGGCUGGGCUCAUCAGAGGACAUCUCCGAUUCGAACAAGGGAUGGAGCGGUGUCCCUGAACGCCUCACCACCUGACAGACGGACGGGUGCCACCGAAGGACGGAGCGACCUCCUGACCGCAGCUGUUGAGACACUCUGUGAGUGUAAAAUGACGUGGCAUGAGGAGCUACGCAGCCGUCAGUUCUGGCGAGCCAUGAUGGCGGAGCUGAUCGGCACGCUGGUGCUGGUGAGCGCUGUGCUGGGCGCUUCUGUACCGGGCCCUGGGGAGGCCCCCGGGGGCCCUUUGUACCCGGCGGUGGCAGUCGGCGCGGUGAUUGUCGCACUGGGACACUGUUUUGGGGAAAUAAGCGGCGCACAGGUCAACCCUGCAGUUACUUUGUCCCUGCUGGCCACGAGGAGGCUAGAUGCCCUGAGGGCUCUCGUUUAUAUCACCGCCCAGUGUUUGGGGGCUUCGUUGGGGGCCGGGGCCCUGUACUUGGCUUUGCCUCUCAAAAGCACAGCAGACUACUUCGUCAACAGGGUGCCCAUUGAGUUGAACGCAGUGCAGGCCCUUGGCAUCGAGGUCUUAUGCACCUUCCAGUUGGUUUUCACUGUUUUCUCAGUUGAGGCCCAACGACGGAGGGAAAGCCAAGAACCAGGAAAUCUGGCUAUUGGACUGGCACACACUGCUGGAGUGUUGAUAGGGGCUCGGUUCUCCGGUGCCAGUAUGAACCCUGCGCGCUCUCUGGGUCCGGCCAUCAUCACAGGAUUUUGGGAAAACCAUUGGGUGUACUGGAUCGGACCGGUCAUCGGGGCAGUACUGGCCGGUGUGUCCCACGAGUUCUUCUUUGCACAGAGCGCCUCCCGCCAGAAGCUGGUGGCGUGUCUAACGUGCAAGGACAUCGAGAUCGUGGAGACGACCAGCAUGACCGGCUCGUCCCUGUCCACGGUCACUCAGCACGCCGCCAGAGCCAAACAGGCCCACAAACAAGACAACAACUGA